AUGUUCAACGUUCUUUGCAGGUUUUGGUCUAGGUCAAGGUUUUCAGGAAGACCUUCAUGUGACACAAUCGUGAAUAACAUCUCUGAAGCUUUUAACAGCGUCAUUGUAGAUGCAAGGGGGAAACCUAUUAUAACAAUGUUGGAAGAGAUUCACAGCUACCUAAUGAAAAGGUGGGCAUCCAACAGACAGAAGAUAACUAAGUAUGAAGGUUUCAUUUGCCCCAAAAUUCAAAAGAGACUUCAUAAGGAGCUACAGAAGACACAAUAUUGGAUACCUAAUUGGUCAGGGCUGCAAGUAUUUGAGAUCCGGCAUACCUCCAACAUUGCAGAAAAAUAUGUGGUUGAUGUAGACAAAAGAGAUUGUAGCUGCAGGAAGUGGCUUCUGACAGGGAUACCUUGCUGCCAUGCACUCACAGCUAUGAGGUUUUUAAACAUGAAUCCAGAAGACUUCAUACCAAAUUGGUUUAGGACCACCACUUAUGAAGAAACUUACAAUCCAAUAAUUUUCUCUGUGAAUGGACCUGAGCUAUGGCAAAGAACAUCAUAUCCUGAUAUUUUGCCUCCUCCUAAUAGGGUCUUGCCAGGUAGACCAAGAAAAAAGAGAAGACUGGAGAGUUGGGAGCAAAUGAGGGAUGAUACUCAACUUGGACAAGCUGGAAUCCCAAAGAGAUGUGGCAUUUGUAGGCAAUUAGGGCAUAGAAGAACUAAUUGCCCUCAAGCAAGUCAACAUCAACACGACCAACCUACAACAAACCCCACUCAAGGAAGUGAACAACAAGACCAACAACCUACACAAGAUGCCACUCAAGGAACUCAACAAGAAGACCACCAACCUACAUCACAUGCCACUCAAGGAAGUCAAAUUACUCAUGAUGACACUUCAAGACCAGUUUAGAUAUUGGUCACAAAUCUGUUGCAUUUUGGAUAUAUAUGACUCAAGGAAUAUGUAGUUUGAAUAUUUACUUUAAUGUUUAAGAACUUGAAACUGUCAUCUAUAUGUAUUUUGAAUAUGUACUUGGAAGUCUGUGAUGUAUUUACCAGCUACAAGUUUGUGAUGUAUUUUGGAAGACCAAUAUAUGAAAUUGCUAUCUAA